AUGGAAACGUCUGGCCGACUGCUUAAAUGGGCUAUUGAAUUGUCUGAGUAUGUUAUUGCGUAUAAACCAAGAGUAUCAAUUAAAGCCCAGGCUUUGUCUGACUUCAUUGUGGAAACGUCCUAUUAUGAAGAAGAGGAUGCUAUCGGCACAUGGAAGGUAUCAGUUGACGGCUCUUCUGCUUCAACCGGCUCAGGAGCUGGAGUAAUUAUUAUCUCUCCCCAGGGAGAUGUGUUCGAGUAUGCCGUUAAGUUCAAGUUCAAAGCCUCGAAUAAUGAGGCAGAAUAUGAAGCAGCGUUGGCAGGAAUACAGUUAUGCAUAUCUGCGGAAGCAAGGCGUAUUGAGAUGACAACUGACUCGCAGUUAGUAGCAAAUCAGUUUAAUGGCACUUACGAGACUCGAGAGUCGAGCAUGACGACAUAUUUGGCAAAACUCAAGAGUGUUACAUCUGGUCUGGAGUAUUUCGAAAUCAAGUUGGUCCCUCGAGCAAUGAACACACAGGCAGACGCCUUGGCUAAACUCGCAAGUUCAAGCUUCAAUGACUUAGAGAGGACGGUUAUGGUAGAGGUUAUGAAAGAAAGAAGUAUUGAUGAACAACCUCCUAAGGACGUAUAUUGUACAACUGCGGGACAAGAAUGGUAUGAUGAUAUCUUGGCUUACAAAAUACAUAAUGCCCUUCCUGCCGGCAAGACGGAGGCAAGAAAGGUCCAGAAAGACAGUGUUUGGUUUAUCAUGUUCCGAGGUUUGUUGUAUAAGCGGGGGUUUUCGUUACCGCUGCGAAGGUGUAUAACGGCUUAUGAGUCGGCAAGACUGAUAGAAGAAAUACACGAGGGUGAUUGUGGUAAUCAUGCGGGGGGUCGGUCAAUGUCCUUGGAAGCAAUGAAACGAGGCUACUAUUGGCCAACAAUGAAUGCAGAUACCAUGGAAUACGCUAAAAAAUGUGAUAAAUUCCAGAAGUACGGGCCGGUAAUUAAUCAACCUCCCAAUGAUUUGUCACCUAUUCUUAACCCAAUCCCGUUUUCUCAGUGGGGAAUGGACAUUAUAGGGCCGUUUACAUCGGCAACAGGUGGCCGUAAGUUUUUGAUUGUAGGGAUAGACUACUUCACAAAAUGGAUAGAAGCAGAACCGGUAGCAAAGAUUACAGCGAAUGAGGUAAAAAAUUUUAUCUGGAAAAGCAUUUUUACGCGGUUCGGGUUGCCGACAGCAAUGGUGUUUGAUCACGGAUCACAAUUUGACUGUAGCCCGGUAAAGAAAUUUCUAAGCAUAUACAAAGUAAAGUUUGCGUAUGCGACAGUAUGUCACCCGCAGUCAAAUGGCCAAGCUGAGGCCGCUAACAAGCAGAUACUAGGGGUAGUUAAGAAAAAAGUAGAAGACACUAAAGGCUUGUGA